GUUCAUCGUUAAUCAUUCAUCCUUACUUUUCAUGAGUUAAUGAUUUUUAGUUGUACAGGUCAUAUUUGUCAUCAGAGGGCGACAGAGUAACAUUUUUGGCGCUUCAUUAAAUUGCAGUGUUUCAGUAAGAUUCCUCAAGAUGGCGCAAUUGCACUUUUUGUUUCCAUGUAAGUCACUCUCACUCAAUUUUUAUUCAUAUAAAAUGUAAAGCUAUAAAGAUGGCAUGUAAUUCAACAUUAUAUACGCUUUUAUAAUUUUAAUGGAUGUCCGCCUACAAUUAUCUCCUACAUAUUUGAAAUGGAGGAAAAUAGCAGGCAGAGAAAGCAUUCCUUGAUACUGGAUAUUUACCUUUGGUUAAAAACAUCAUUUCGACAGCCUUAAAAACAACACGUGGAAACAUCGACCUUAUUGUGUAAUAAAUGACAGGAUGAAUGAAAUGACGUUGAUGAAGUGAUUGUCUUCUUUCUCUCCAGUACAGUAGGAGGCGCUCUGCAGCUGUUCAGUCCGCAGAUAAACCCACUCAAGAAAGAACUCACGUGUGAUGUGUUUGUGUAUCAUCGGGUUUUUUUCUCUUGAGUGUUUUAUUUAGUGUAAUGAGAUUUUUGUCUCUGCAUAUUUCAGUUUUAACGAUGAGAGAUGAGAUGAAUGUGAUGUGUUGUAAAUCAGUAGGAACUGAUCUGUCCAUGAUGGAUAUUGAUGAUUUCAUCACAGAAAUCUCUCAGCUGAAGAAAGAGGUGGCGUUACUUGAGACAAAGCUGCGGUCAAGAGGAGAUGAAGGACUUAAGAGAAAGGAUGUGGGUGUGGUUUGUUGUGCAACAUCCACAGAAUGUCUGGAUUCAGUGUGGAUCAGCAGCAGAGAUCAGAUCACACCACAGCCACUGCUGGACUCGAAACUUUCUGAAGAGAAAUCCAGACACACACAGGACUCAGAUCUCAGUCUCACUUUACUCUGUUAUACUGAGUCAAAUCCCACAGAUGCUCAGGAAACUGUGUGUGACAGUAAUCAGGACUUACAGGAUGAGGAAUCUACUGAUCAAACCUCCACAGAGUCUCUGGAUUCUGUCUGUAACGCUGGAGAACAGCAGCAGAUCCUGCAGACCACACUGAAGAUGUGUUCAGUCAAACUCAUCGACUGCAGGAACCUGAUGGAGGAGAUGAGAAGAGAAACCACAGAAGAGGAACAUCACACUGAGGAUGAUGAUGAUGCUGAUUUUAUUCCUUCAGAGGAGACGAGUGAUUCAUGUUCUGUCAGAGAAACGUCCUCAACAGUAAAAAAGCGACGGCGAACGCAUUCCUGCAUCACCUGUGGAAAGACACUCGCCUCAAAGCAAAGUUUAAAGUGUCAUGAGAGAAAACACACAGAACAGAAACUCUUUACCUGCGCGACAUGUGAGAUCAGCUUUACUACCUUACACGAGAAGGAACUUCAUUUAAAGCUGCACAUGGUGAAUAAUAAGUUUCCCUGUCAGCAGUGUAGGAUGGUUUGUGCCUCUUUUUAUAGUCUGAACAUUCACAUGAGGACACACAGUGGCGAAAAGCCUUUCCACUGCACUGAAUGUGACACAUAUUUCAGCACCAAAGGAAGUCUUGUAAUUCAUCAGAAAAACCGUACGCAUGCUCUCGCUGUGAGAAGAGAUUUAACCACAAAUCCAUUCUGAAGAGACAUGAACGUUCACACACCAAUGAGAGACCGUAUCUGUGCAUUGAAUGUGGAAAAACAUUUAAGCAGUCAUAUAGUCUUAAUAUUCAUCAGAAAGCACACUCUGGAGAGAAACUUUACCAGUGUUCACACUGC